UCACCAUUUCCCUGGAUGGCCCUGAGACAGCAACACUUCUGAUGUCCCAGAGCAGCACCUCGGCUCUGGGGAGGCCUCGCCUGCCGUCCGGCAGUUCAGGAUCAGAAGUUAGAACUGUCUCUUCUCCAGCGGAGAACGGAACAGCCCGGGACUCCCUGGUGCGGGGGUUGGGGCUCCCGGAAGAAGCGCCCUUGCACGCCCAUGUGGCUGCCACUUCAGUUAUGAGCCAGUCCUCUCCUGCUUUGGAGAUGGGAGACAAGACCACAGACUCCAGGAAGAGCAACUCCUUGGGAACAGAGCUCUCGGGAGCCCAUUUUUCCAGGACUUCCUCCCCUGCCUCAUCUGGAAAUGUAGGAGAAUUAAACACCGCUGCUCUCCAAGGCCCCUCCGUCAGGCAGACAGUGGGAGCACAUGUCGCCACCACGUUCCCUGAUGGUGUCCCAGGAACUGUCAGUCUGGGGCCUCUAAACAAGACUGAAGCUUUCCCUGAGGACUCCAAAAUUGCCAUGGCCUCAGCAUCCGUCCAUGCUUCACCCUCCGAGGCAGAACUGAGAAGAAACAGUGGAACCAUCAGUAAUACGGAAGGUGGGAAAUUCAUCGAGCCAUCCACAGAAAAUGCAUUUGGCCUUGCAUCUUCCGAGGUCUCAGUGGGAUUUUGGCAAAAUGAUUCGCCAACCUCGAGUGGACGCCAGCUUGUCAGCAGCUCUAAUGUGGAAAGCAGAAGUGAUGAGUCACAGACAGAGGCAGGGUCCAGGACAGUCCCUUCGGUGAGAGGCGGAGAGAACACAGCACCCUGGCUCCUGACGGAGAGCGAGACAUUUGCAGAUGUAACAGGAAGCUCUACUUCGCCUCCUGAAGUUGUGAAUGCUUCAGUUUGGACCCAGUUCUCAGCCUCUGCCCCGCAGUCCAGAGGGAGUGACACAGUGCUGCGCGCAAGGAGUUCCUCUGAACCGUCAGCCCGGUUUCUGUCUUCCUCUUCCUCAGAAAGCCUGGAUUUCUCAGCACCACGUGCCACUGAAGAUGGCCCUGCGCUGGGGCCCGGCCCUGAUGUGGAGGAGGGGACAUCCAGGGGGACUCUGGGUGCUCGAGCCCUGGGCACACACACUUCAGCUACGGUCACUGGAAGCGGAGAGCGCACGCUACGGUCUCUCACCAAUGGGAGCACGACUUUCAGGGGAGAGGGGCCCUCCGCGGUGCACCCAGAAACAGAGAGUGCCACGCUGCAUGGGGACAUGACAGUGACUGGUGAUGCCCACUUGGAGGCAGGCUCCCUGCCUGUCUCACAAAUCCUUGGAGUCACUGGCGUCAGCCGAGAUCAAGUGAGUGGCACCGACACUGUACAGAGGACUUCCAGCGACCUCACAGACCACACCUACGUGUCAUCUACGUUCACCAAGGGAGAACGGGCCUUACUGUCCAUUACAGACAACAGCUCGUCCUCAGACAUACGGGAGAGUUCUACUUCUUCUGUUCAGAUCUCAAACUUUUCACAUUCAGACCAUUCUUCCUCUUCUCAGGUCCCGACGGGAAGAAAGAAAGUCUCACCCAGUGCGGGGGGAUAUGCUCAGCCUGCCACAGAGUCACUGGCUGUGCACACAGCCCACCCUCCGUCCUAUACACCCACCAUGAACGUGGCAGGCACCCUGGUUCUUCUGGACGCUGAUGCUGGAGCGGUUGGCAACUCGUCCUCUUCAGGGUCCCCACUGCCCCUGCCCUCUGUGUCACAGUCCUACCAGCCGACCUCAGCAUGGCCGUCCACCAGGGCCACCACUCACCCGCAAAAGCCAACCCCCGGUACCCCCACUUUGUCAUCCUCAUCGCCACCUUCUCCAGUCUCCAUGACUGCGUCGACCCCUGCCUCUCUGUCUGCUUCCCAAACAGUCUGGCCAUCGUCACUUUCUACCCCGGUUCUGCCCAAGGCAAGGGACACGCCUGUGACUUCAGUUCGUGUAUCCACAGCAGCAGCAUCUGUGGCCAUGCUCCCCAGUAGUCAAACGGCAGGCUCACAUCCCCAGAGCAGCUCACACCACGAGAAAAUCCUUACGGAUUCAAAGCUACCAAACGUGGAGUCUCUGCCCACCGAAGCCACCAGAGCUGUACCAGUGAGCUCCACUUCAGGGACCCCUUUGCCUCCAGCGUCAACAGAGUUCUCUCCUGGGUCCACCCUCCCAAUCACAAGCGCCAGCUUAGCCCAAACAUAUCCAAGUUUGAAAACCUCCACUCUCAAGCCCUCUCCUCUUCCCGGGCCCACCGCCGCCCCCCCAUCGAGCACAGCAGGUCCAACUGCAGCUCCCACCACAGCACAGCCUACAUCAGGAAAACCACCUCUGCCUUCCAGUCCUGAAAUUCUAGUGUCACAGAGCCCAAGAGAAGUUGCUGCUACUACCAGAGGGAACCCAGAGCCUCAAGAUGCUACCACCCAAUUGACCCCCCUGAUCAGUGUGCCCACAUCAGCAAGAGAGUUGACCACUGAGCCCGGCACGGGAGAGGACUACAGUUCAGCGUCACACUUCCUCAGGACGUCUCCUUUCCAAACCACAGAUGUCUCUACGGCUGAAAUGUCGCCUCCUCCGUCUCAGAGCAGCACACAGUCACCGGUGGCUUUGUCGUCUCCAGCCUCAGUUAACAGCUGUGCCACUAACCCCUGUCUCCAUGAUGGGAAAUGCCUUGUGGACCCCACCAGCCGUGGGUAUCGUUGCAUGUGCUCAUCUUCCUGGCAAGGGGAUGACUGCAGUGUGGAUGUGAAUGAAUGCCUCCUGAACCCCUGUCCGCCCCUGGCCGUGUGCAACAAUACUCAGGGAUCCUUUAUCUGCCAGUGCCCAGUUGGGUACCAGUUGGAAAAAGGAAUAUGCAAUUUGGUUAGAACCUUCAUGACAGAGUUAAAAUUAAAGAAAAGUUUUCUAAAUACCACCAUGGAAAAGCACUCAGCUCUUCAUGAAGUUGAAAGUGAGAUCACUAAAAUGUUAAACAUGUGUUUUUCAAAGUUACCUGGUUAUACCCGAUCCACAGUUGAUGCUUCAAGAGAGUCUAGUGCCGCAGUCAUGUCACUGCAAACCACUUUUGCUCUGACCUCCAAUGUGACGCUGUUUGACCUGGCUGACAAGAUGCAGAAGUGUGUCAACUCCUGCCGCUCCUCUGCUGAGGUCUGCCAGCUCUUGGGGUCUCAGCGGUGGAUCUUGGGAGCCGGCAGUUUGUGCAAGCGGAAGACUCCGGAAUGUGACAAAGAGACCUCCAUCUGCACUGAUCUGGAUGGCGUGGCACGAUGCCAGUGCAAAGUGGGCUACUUUCAGUUCAACAAGAUGGACCACUCCUGCCGAGCAUGUGAAGACGGGUACAGGCUGGAAAAUGAGACCUGCAGGAGUUGCCCAUUCGGCCUUGGCGGUCUUAACUGUGGAAACCCCUAUCAGCUUAUCACCGUGGUGAUUGCAGCAGCUGGAGGUGGGCUUCUCCUCAUCCUAGGCAUUGCACUGAUUGUUACCUGUUGUCGAAAGAAUAAAAAUGAUAUAAGCAAACUCAUCUUCAAAAGUGGGGAUUUCCAAAUGUCCCCAUAUGCUGAGUACCCCAAGAAUCCUCGAUCACAAGAAUGGGGCCGAGAAGCCAUUGAAAUGCAUGAGAAUGGAAGUACCAAGAACCUGCUCCAGAUGACAGAUGUGUAUUAUUCGCCCACAAGUGUGAGGAAUCCUGAACUUGAACGAAAUGGACUCUACCCAGCCUACACUGGACUGCCUGGCUCUCGGCAUUCUUGCAUUUUCCCUGGACAGUAUAACCCAUCUUUCAUCAGUGAUGAGAGCAGGAGAAGAGACUACUUUUAAGUGCAGAGAGAGAGGGGCCGUUGCUCUGAGCGUGUCGUCGGGACCCUGUGCCCAGGAGGGAGCGUCGCCGUUGGCUGCUCCAGGACACGCAGAGCCGUGCUUGAGUGGCAGCAAAGCAGGGCGGGUGUGAGGGAAGGGGGCGCGUGGACCCUGUGGACGUGGGACUGCAGGCUGCUUGUUUAGCACCUUCCUUGUUACUGUGAAUGUGAGCGUGGGCAGGGAGCACCCCAGCAGGCCCCUGGCGCCGGCGUGGCUGUGCCAGGGCAGCCCACAAGGCAUCGUUGCAAGGCCCCAGCAUUUCCUUAGCUUGCACUUUAGUGAUUUGGGUAGGGAAGUCUCCUUUGGGAUUAUUUUCAAGACUGUUCCAGAAAGGACUCUCUGCCUCAGACAUUCUCUUGAGCCUCAAUUUGGUGAUUACUUUACAACAAAAUGCGGCCUUUUUUAGUUCUUUUCCUGCCUAGUCCCCGCAUGCUAGAUAACAGAUGAUGAUGAAUAUACCACUGCAGUUUGGAAUGCUGUAGCUCAGCCUACAGUGUUUCAGUCUGCUCCAAGCCAGUCCCCAGAGUGAGUUGCAACUUGUGAGGCACAGCACACAGCUCAUUUGUUUUAGAGUCAGGGUGACGCUUUGACUUCAGGUGAUUUUUCCCAUUGUGGUUAAAUCUCACUUUGGCAAACAAGCCUGAAUCAGGGCAAAAUAACUUCCACCUGGUGCGAGUUAGGGGCAUCCAGCUGCCCUGGAGGGAGGCCUUCCAGGCGGCGACAGCAAAGGCCCUGGUGGAAGAUUCACAGAGCUGCAGCAUGGACAGUGGGGCGUUGUGUCUCUGGUGGCAUUGCUUGGCACAGGGGCGGGGUGGGGGCCUCUGACCACCUUUGAGCAGAGGCUACCACCUAAGGGGUAGAAAUGGAAAGCUGGAUGGAGGUUGGACCUGAGAUUUCACUGCCAGAGGAAAGGCAGUUGAUGCAGCCCCAGUCACUGAGUGUGAUUAGAGGGAUGGACUGAACAGGUCAGUUAGAGUUCCUGAAACACCAGUAUUUUUGGAAGCCUGGCAGAUUCUUGAGGAAGAUUAAGGAGCUGGAGAGGAGCCCCACGUGAGGCCACUUACCUGCUAAUGCACUGUCUGACUGGAUCUGUGGCCUCGUGCACAACUCAAGGCUAUUUAUUCAUUGAAGAAAGAACUUAAGUCCUCUCAUCCGGUAAUGUGCACCUCUUUAUAUUACUACAUGGUUCCCUCUAGAAACAUUUAUAAUUUAAGUCAGCAGUGGAGAACUGAAGACCUCUGGCCAGGCCAGAGAGUUGAGAGUUUGCCUUGGGGAAGGAAAGUCCACGUCUUCUUUAUUUUGGCUGUGGGAUGAGAGGGGUGUGUGUGCUCAGUCUUUACCGCUUGUGAAAUUGCAACUGUUCUCAUCACCUACUCUUCAACAUCCUGGUUUUGGAUGACGUGAACACAGGUAAAAGAAUUGUCCCCACCCAAAAGCUUGGAGCACAGUGGCACCCACUUUUCUGGAAAGGGUCAGCCUUUGGAGGCAAUGCUACCCUGGGCAUUUUCUAGUCGCUCUCACGUCAUCUCCGUCCUCACAGCUGUAAGUGCGAACUCCUGCCUCCUGUCAUCCCCACGAGCCCCACCACCUGCUGCAGCAGGCUGCCGGUCAGGAACAGCCCUCUUACUCGUUCAGGUGGACUCAAUACAAUAGCUACAAAAAGAAUACGAGUGUUAUCAGUGGAUGCCGCCUUAAGAUGACAGAGCAUCAUCACCUUUUUGAAAUCCUGGGUUUUGCAUCUCUCUGUGGAACCAAACAGCCAUGUGUGCCUCCCGGCCCUGCAUCUUACUGGAGAGCUCCAGGCUCAGGCACUCAGCUCGCCUGAGCUAACAGACAUGCGUGGCUGGCUUCCUAGCUCUUGAGGCAGACUCUUCUCACCCCAAGAUCCAGAGCCACCAAAGGGCCUCUUCCCAGGCAGACAUGUCUGCCGCCUGCCGCUGAUACCACAGCUAACAUACCACCUCUUAGCUCAAGGCCAGAAGCUAGAAACCACAAAAUUCAGUGUUCUGCCCCAAAAGCGGUUUUGAGGAGAAUCCACAGUCCAGAAAAGCGUGUCCUGUGAGUACCAAGAUACUUUCCUAUAAACCGGUUUUGCGCAGUUCAAGUUGAUUAGGUAUGUGUUUCUUUUCUUUCACUGUGAACAAAGAAGGCACCUUGCAGGGUUGAGUUCAGUAGGACCUUUCCAGGAGCCUUGUGUGGGUGGGGUGGGCGUGUCUCCACAACUUGAGGAACCGAUAAGGCAUGAGACAGCAUGACGGUUACCUCAUGAGCCUCACGGAGAGAGGCCUUCACUCCAGCUGGGGGUUAAUAUCCCAGAAGGCCUGCGGGGUGGAGGGGAAAGAGGGACAGGGCUGGCGCACACGGCCGGCAGCGGGAGCCCUCAGCUCCGGUUUGGCUUGGUGUCGGCCUCACUCUGGCGUGACAUUCAUGCACCCGAAAUGCUGCCCUCCGUGUGGAGCCCCAAGGCCGGAGUUUCCUGGGAGUAAAAGAACUCAGCUGCCGCGAGCUCCUAAAAUUCCGUUGGGACAGCCAGGUAGCUCAGGGCAGGGCCUCUGACCACUGGCCUCUGGCAUCUGGUUUUGUUUAAACUCCAAAGGUGUGUCUUUUCUUCUUGCCCUUUCCUUCAGCCCAGAGCACUGGAGAAUUUAGGACAUUUGAAUUGUCACAAGCAGCCCACCUCAUGUCCUGCUCGGGCCAGGCUCAGUGCAAGGUGUGAGGCCCCCUAUGCCUUUAUGAGGUGGGCACCGUGGUUCCCACUCCCUAGACUUCAGCCUUCAGAGAGAAUAAAUAACUUGCCUUAGCAGGCUGCGUUCAAACUCUUCUUCCCAGCUUGCUGCCCCACUGACCGCCCCCCAUCACCUUCCUACCAAGGGCCCCACCAUCCUGUGCAUUUCAGAUGUCAAAGAGGACAGAAGAGAACGGGCUUAAAAAAAUUAAUAUAUUUUUUUAAAAAAACCAAUAGUAAGCGGUAACUAAAUUAAUGCCAUUAAGUUAAAAAAAGAAAGAAAGAAAGAAAG